CACUCCACACUAUUUGGAUAACGAAGUAGAGGGAAGAGCGUCCCCAGUAAACCGGUAGUGGUUUACUGGUGACGGGUCCUGCUGUGUUUAGCGUUCUCCUAGUGGAUUUUUAAUUUUUCCUCUUAAACAGCAAAGAUGGGGAAAAGACAACACCAAAAAGAUAAAAUGUACAUCACAUGUACAGAAUAUACCAACUUCUAUGGCGGGAAGAGGAGCGAAAUCCCUCAGGCAAAUUUCCGGAGGCUUCCGUUUGACCACUGCAGCUUGUCGCUCCAGCCGUUUGAGUAUCCUGUCUGCACCGAGGACGGAGUGGUGUUCGACCUGCUGAGCAUCGUUCCAUGGAUUAAAAAGUAUGGAACCAAUCCCAUCUCUGGAGAGAAACUGGAAGCCAAGUCUCUGAUUAAACUCAACUUUGCGAAGAACAGUGAUGGAAAGUAUCACUGUCCGGUUCUCUACAACGUUUUCACAAACAACUCUCACAUCGUGACCAACAAGGUGACGGGGAACGUGUUCUCCCAUGAGGCUGUGGAGCAGCUAAACAUCAAAACCAAGAGCUUUAAGGAUCUCCUGACAGACGAGCCCUUCACCAGGAAGGACAUCAUAACCCUCCAGGAUCCAACAAACCUGGAUAAGUUCAACGUUUCCAACUUCUUCCAUGUGAAAAACAAUUUAAAAGUUCUUGAUCCAGACGAGGAGAAGGCCAAGCAGGACCCAGCGUACCAUCUGAACAGCACCAAUCUGGAAACCAGGGAGACCUUAGCCGAGCUCUACAAGGAAUACAAAGGAGAUCAGCUGCUGGCCUCCACCAUGAAGGAGCCGGAGGCCAAGAAAACGGACAAACUAAAUGCUGCCCACUACUCAACAGGCCGAGUCUCCGCCUCCUUCACCUCCACAGCCAUGACUCCUUCAACCAUCCAUGAAGCCGACGCCAUCGCCGAUGAUGCUGUGCGGUACCAGUACGUGAAGAAGAAAGGCUACGUCCGCCUGCACACCAACCUGGGAGACCUGAACCUGGAGCUGCACUGCGAUAAGGUUCCCAAAGCUGGAGAGAAUUUCAUCCGUCUGUGCAAAAAGGGUUACUACGACGGGACCGCCUUUCACAGGUCCAUCCGGAAUUUCAUGAUCCAGGGAGGAGACCCGACCGGCACCGGCACAGGUGGCGAAUCCUUCUGGGGAAAACCCUUCAAGGACGAGUUCCGGCCCAACCUGUCCCACGCGGGCCGGGGGGUCCUCAGCAUGGCCAACUCGGGUCCGAACACCAACAAGUCUCAGUUCUUCAUCACAUUCCGGUCCUGCCCCCACCUGGACAGGAAGCACACCAUAUUUGGAAGAAUCGUGGGUGGGUUCGAGACGCUCACGGCCAUGGAGAACGUCGCCUGUGACCCUAAAACGGACAAACCAAAGACGGACAUCCAGCUCCUGAGUGCGACGGUGUUCGUGGAUCCGUACGAAGAGGCUGAUGCUCAGAUCGCAGCAGAGCGGGAAAAGGAGACGCAGAAGCAGCAGGAGGAGGCGCAGAAGGCUGAUGUGAACCUGAAGAAGGCCAAGGAGGAGCAGAAACCCAAGGCGUUCAAGGAAGGAGUGGGCAAAUACAUCAACCCCACCCCCUCAAAGCGUUCAGCUCCUGAGGACGACGUCGCGCCGUCCACAAGCGGAGGAGGAGCCAAGAAGCCCAAAGGGAAGAGUGGCUUUGGAGACUUCAGCUCCUGGUAGCAGAAGUUCAGAUCCACUUUGGAGCAAAUGUUUUCUGAGCUGUAAAUAAAGCUGCUUUUAAACUGAA